UCUAAUAGGUAGACACAUCAAACUGAGUUAAAAGGGCGUUCUAAAUCCAAUAGUAUAUGGGAAUAAUAAGCAUAAAAACUUUUCAAACUUUUUUAGAAGGGCGUAUGUCCAUCUGGUGACUUUUUUAAAUGGGCGUAACUCCAAAAUAAUGAAUACAACAGAUUGUCAGCUGUGGAGAUACGCCUGUUUAAAAAAAACCUCUCCAACCACCUGUGUUUCUUCUUGUAUUAUUUUCCAUCAGUUUCAUAUCUAACCUCAAUGUUACUGAACGUGUUGUGAAAAGAAACUGUUUAGUACUUGAUUUUCAUUGUUUUAUAGUAGCAUCUACAAUCUACAAUAUGAGUAAUCACCCAAGCCCUCGUAAAAGGAAAGUAUCUAAUCCUGACUCAUAUAUACGGACCAAAAAUAAAAAUGCUCGGCUGAAAGGGCAAGAAUAUGUAAGUCCUAGUGGGAAAACAGUUGCAUCAAAACAGCCAGAAUUUGAUUGCAGAUGUGCUAACCAAUGCCUGAAAAAAAUUGGGGAAGAUGGGUGUACACAAAUUUUUUCAAAGUUUUAUAACCUAUCAUCAAAAAAUGAACAAGAUUUGUUUCUUCAAGGUCAAGUUGAUGCCAUAGAAGUUCAACGGCGACGUCCAUCUACAGAUACUCCUCAAAGGGCACAGAAAACUGCUUCUUUCAAGUACCAUGUUGUAAACGGUAGUAAAAGAACUGAGGUAUGUUUCAAAGGCUUUUUAUCUCUGUAUAAUAUUAGUGAAAAACGAGUCAGAAUCCGAAACUUAAAACUAAAUAAAGUCCCCAUAAAACAGGCAAAAAUCGAGGACAUAUUGAAACUAAAGGAAUACAUCCCUGAUGUCUACUCUGCUUUCUACAAUGAAGUCUUCCAGUGGCUCACAACCACCAACAAUCAAGGUCCAGACAGUGACUACGAGAUUGAAACUGACAAUGAAAUCGAAGAACACUAG